GCCUGAUUUUAUUUUUUAGUUUUUAGCUUUGGAAGAUGAGUUUUGUUUUCUCUCUUAAAUUUUAUUAAUUUGGGAAUCUAGUUUUAAUUGGUUUUGCCAGAGGAUAUGAAACUACAUGGCAUCUCAAGCUGAUACUAUUAGUUGCAGCUGUAAUUGCAGCUUCUUCCCUUAUACCAAAUUUUGCAUGGAUAAAACCAUUUUAAUAUUUUAACUUGGAAGAAAACUAAUCUGAUAAAUAAAACAGUUGGGUUUUUUUUUUGUCUUUUGUGGAACGCAAUGUCAGUUCUCAGCUAUACUUGAAGAGACAGAUGCAUGGACACUCAUCUGUUAAUCAAAACUGCAGCAUUUUUAUCCAUUCUAAUUACUUGUAUUAAAUAAGAGUUACCUUAAGGUAGUGUGACUAAAACAAUUGAUCAUACACCCUUUUUUGAACAGAUCUAAUCUCCUCUGCAAUAUCUGGUGGUGUAGUCCUAUGACAUCUGCUGCUGAAGCUGUGAUGAAUGGCAGUAGCAUUAGGACUUAUGAUUUCACCAAAGCCAGACACUGCAUUGGAAUUUUACUUUAACAAGAGUGAUGCCCAGUCAUACGCAGAAUAUGUUUCUACACUUAGAAAAUUUCUUGAAUCCUAUGAUGAUUCAAAGCAAUCCCAAAACAUAAACUGUACACCAGGAAGGAUUUUUGAUCAGAAUGAUGUUGCUGUUAAAAAGGCCUGUCGAUUCAACCUCUCUGAGCUUGGACAAUGCUCUGGAAAGGAAGAUAAGACCUUUGGCUAUUCUAAAGGAACUCCCUGCGUGCUUGUGAAAAUGAACAGAAUAAUUGGAUUAAAGCCUGAAGGAGAACCACGUAUAUACUGUACAUCUAAGGAAGCAGACAUGGUUGAGAUAAAUUAUUUUCCUCCUGAAGGCUUGAUUGACUUAAUGUACUUUCCAUACUAUGGGAAAAGCUUGCAUGCUCACUAUUUACAGCCUCUAGUGGCUGUUCAACUAGCAAUUAACUCCAACAGUACCAAAGAAGAAAUAGCAAUUGAGUGUAAGAUCCUGGGCUCACCUAAUUUAAAAAAUGAAGAUGACCGUGACAAGUUUCUGGGACGAAUUGCCUUCAAAGUUCAGAUGACUGAAUAGCAGGAGUAAAAAAUUCUCCACAAAGUAAACAAUGUGUUGUCUGUUUUGUAUCAGCUGGACAUGCCAUUCUAGGAUAUAAGACCACCUUGGAGAAUGUUAAGGGUGGUUUAUGGCGUUCAGGGUAGCGUAAUAAUAUGCUUCCAAAUUGUAUGUUUAAAAUCCCUCAAAAUAAAUGCCUAUCCUGCUUCUGCCUGCCCCAUUGGAACAGUGUACAGACUAUAGUUAUGUUAUAGGGACCUGUAAAUAGCUGUUUUCAGACACAUAAUAAUGGUGACCUUUGUCCUGUUCUAAAAUGUGGUUUUAUCCCCCAAGUGAGUGUCUCACGCUUAAUGUGCUGUGCUAUGUAAAUAUUGUAUUGAUUUAACACUGGUUUAACUGUCAUAUCUCAAUGCUGACACGGUUAUAGGGAUAAAUAAUAAAUGGUACCUGAUUGACAUAGUGAUUUUUUUUGUAAGAGUAAACACCUCCAGCAUAAAUUGUGUGUAUGGGAGUGGGUGGGCGGAUGGAUGGCUGUGUGGAGAUGCCUUAAACUGUAGUCUGGGUGGCAUGGGAGAAUUGAAAUGGAUUUUAAGAGUUGGUAUGGAUUUCUGAAAGUAAGUGCUCAACUAGUACUUCCUUGUGCUUGUCACUGUGCAAGUAUUGUGUACAUGUAAUACUUGGUAUAGAGAUUGGUAUUCUAGCUGAGGAAUUGACUCUUUCUUCGUGUUGUUAAUUGCUUGCAAUAUGUGGAGCACAAAUAAAAUCUAUACAAUAUUCUAAAACUUGUUAGUUAAGAAAUGUCAAUAUACAACAGUUUCAAUUGUUUAGCAUCCUGGUAACAGUUGUACAACAGAGCUGCUUGAAAAAACGGCCUCGCUAUUGUGGGAAUAGGCUUUCAUUUUCCAAUUAAAAAAUUUCCUGAAGAACCUCUGUUUAAAAAAAAAA